AUGUCUUCACAGCCAAACGCCAUAUCUGAGCACGGCUGGACUGCUAUUCCGCUUGAUGCCGAUGCCAUCUUUGCAGGAGCUCCAUACCUGAUCAAACCAGUCCACAUCCAUGCCAAGGACAUCAAAUUUCCUCAUGAUGACCCCAUUGUAGUCAGAGCCCAACGCAAUGCUCAGGACACGCUUCCGAUCGAGACAUACAACCACUCUAUGCGUGUCUAUUACUGGGCGGUCGUUAUCCUCCAGCAACAGUUCCCUUCAUACGCAUCCACACUCUCCUUCUCAACCCUUGCCCUGGCCUGUCUCCUGCAUGACAUUGAAUAUGCGGCUUCAAAGUCCCAAGCAGAAGCCGUGUGUGAAGCUAUCAUCCGCCAUCAAGACUUAGGAAGUGAAGGGAUGAUUACGUUUCUGGGACAGCUGCUUCAGCUGGCGACCAUUUUCGAUAAUAUCGGGUCCAAACAGGAAUUGAUACAUGAGUUGACCCAGGAAGAAGUGAACAAGCUGUUUCCGCGACGGAAUUGGAACAGCUGUUUUGCGAAGACCAUCCGCGAGGAAGUGAGGGUCAAGCCGUGGGCGCACUCGACCCAUCUAGGGAAGAGCUUUGCGGAUGACGUGGAGAAGGCUACAUUCAUGGCUGAGUAUGAAUAG